GUAUGUUGGUGCAGUUUAAAUCACCGAAUAAGAACAUUUUGAAGGGCGCCAAAUUCCUUAUUCCUUGCUCUCACAGUCUCACUCACAGGCCUUGAAACUCUAAAAAUGUCGCCAACAAAAUCGAGAUCCAGGAAGAAGAAGAUCACUGAAUCCGGAACUCCGAAAACAGAGAUCAAACGUACGAUGGUGGAAGAAGAUGUUUUCAACUUCGAUGCUAAUCAAUUGAAGCAGCGAGCUCCGAAGAAACAACGGUCGACCUUUGAAGACGAUUUCGAUGCCGAUAUAUCUAGUGAUAUAAAAGGUUUGAUGAACGCAUUACAUCAGAUCAAAGAGAAAGCGCAAAAGGACGGACAGAAGAAAAAAGAGGAGACUAUUUCGAGUGUUGCUACAGAAAUCAGGUCUACAUUUGAUGAGUUGAAGUCCAAAGUAGAGAAAGAAAGGCAAAACUUUGCCAAGGCACUAUCAAAGAGCUCAAAAGAGUGUGAGAACAUGCUGAAGAAUGAAACUACCAAGUUCCAAACAAUUUAUGAAACUUUCUGCAAGGACAAAAACUCACAUCUUCAGGCUCUGAAAGAUACCAUUUCAAAAUAUGAAGAAGAGAAGGAGAGAUUGUCCAUGAGAUAUGAACAACACAGAAAGAAAGAAAAGAACAUGAUAUCUGAGCAUGAGAAGGCUUGUGCAACCAAAAUUUCUGAACUUGAGGAAUCACUCAAGAAAAAGAAACAGGAUGACAAAACAUUCAGCUUUCUGAGGAAGACUCUAGGCUCAUUUCUUGAUACUGCUUCUGAUGAUGAAUGAGGUGAAAAUUGAAAUCUUGUUGCUACUUUUUCUCUCAUAUGCUAAUAAUAAUCUUAGU